UUGGGUGAAGAGAGCAAAAUCUUGGGCUCCAAAAAUCCGAUCUUUUGCUCAAUCCAGUAUCUCCGAUCCGAGUCCGAGCCAGGAAGAGAGCAGCCCGAAGCUCCGCCAACGUCGCCGUGUCGAUGACGUGUGCUCCGUCGCUGGAAGACUCUCCAUGAGGCGCUGCUGCUGCUCCUCCCUCCCCUCGCCUCUCGCCGCCGCCGCCUCCGCCGCCACCGCAAGCUCCGCCAUGUACCCUCGUCCCAAGUACCGUGGUGGUAGAUAUCCAUCCCAAAGGAGCUUCUCUGACUCCUCGCGCGGUGGUGGAAGAGGGCGAUUUUCAAGUGGUGAGUCCAAUGUCCACCCAGUCCAAGAUAGAAACCGAGGAUUCCAGCAAGGAGCAAGGGCUGACUUCGUCUCCGGUGAUUCUCACUUCCAUGCUGUCCAGGAUGCCAAUCGUGGAUUCCGACAAGGAGAGAUCGGUGAUUCCGCCAUCCAGGCUGGGUAUCGGCCUCCAGUCAAUUCAAGAAGGCAUUUUGUUCAGAGCCAGUCAUACGGGGUUAUCCUCUGGUUACAGUCAUGA